GCGGCGCAGAACAGGCGCAGAGCCCGGGCAAUAUCGGUGCAGAGCCCGGGCAGGAUCGGUGCAGAGCCCGGGCAAUAUCGGUGCAGAGCCCGGGCAAUAUCGGUGCAGAGCCCGGGCAAUAUCGGUGCAGAGCCCGGGCAAUAUCGGUGCAGAGCCCGGGCAGGAUCGGUGCAGAGCCCGGGCAGGAUCGGUGCAGAGCCCGGGCAGGAUCGGUGCAGAGCCCGGGCAAUAUCGGUGCAGAGCCCGGGCAAUAUCGGUGCAGAGCCCGGGCAAUAUCGGUGCAGAGCCCGGGCAGGAUCGGUGCAGAGCCCGGGCAGGAUCGGUGCAGAGCCCGGGCAGGAUCGGUGCAGAACAGGCGCUAAGGCAGCGCAGUGUCGGGGUAAACGCGGCGGAUCUCCUGCCCAGCGCCAACACCGUGCAACAUCGUCGGGCGGAAUCCAGCGGGAGGGCAGCAAGUGGCCUCUGAGAGUGUUACCCCCUCCCCACGACCACCCCUCACCCUCCCAGCUCUGCCUCUCACUCCCCCCACCCUCCUCACUCCAGGGGAAGGGGGGCAGGGUGGGGGCGCCGGCCGAUCGGUCGGUGCUGCCUUCGGAAAGUUUCGCUCAGGGACAGUGAGCUCCCGCCGGGAUGGAGCCGGCUUUAGGAGACGGGAGGACGGCUCGGCUUCUGCUGCUGGUGUCGGCGCUGCUGCUGCCUCCAGUUUUUCAGGCCCAGACGGUGAUUGUGGACGACAGUGUGUCUGGAUUUAUUGGAACCAAUGUGACUUUGAGCUGCACCUUCACAAACAACAAUCCCAACAUCAAAAUCACUCAAGUCACAUGGCAAAAGGCAACCAAUGGGUCGAAGCAGAAUAUUGCCAUUUUUCAUCCAACUAUGGGGGUCUCUGUCUUGCCUCCCCACAAAGGCAGGGUGUCUUUUAAGAAGCCAUCACUGGAUGAUGCAACAAUCCAGUUGUUUAACUUAGAGCUGUCAGAUGAAGGUGUCUACAUCUGUGAGUUUGCAACCUUUCCGACAGGAAAUCGAGAGAGCCAGGUUAAUCUCACAGUUUUUGCCAAGCCAGUGAAUGAUGCGGAGCUCAGUCCAAACACAAUCACAGCACGAGCUGGUUUUUCAGGAAAGAUUGUUGUGGCAACGUGUACAUCUGCCAAUGGGAAGCCACCAGGAAUCAUCACUUGGGAGACGAAAGUAAAUGGGGAGGCAGUUGUUAAAGAAUUUCACAACCAGAACGGCACCAUCACAGUGGUCAGCCAGUACCUGCUGGUUCCAUCCAGAGAAGCCCACCAGCAGCUGCUGACCUGUGUGGUGAAUUACCAGACAGACCGCACCACCAGCAUGCUGACGUUAAACGUGCAGUAUGAACCAGAGGUUACAGUGGAAGGAUUUGAUGGGAAUUGGUAUUUGAACAGAGAAGAUGUGCGUCUGACAUGCAGAGCAGAUGGCAACCCCCCUGCAAUGACGUACAAGUGGAAGAUGUUAAAUGGCUCGUUGCCUGUAAAUGUGGAGCCACAGAAUGCGACUCUGUUCUUCAAAAGGACUGUGACCUAUGACCUCGCUGGGACAUAUGUCUGUGAAGCUACAAACGCAAUUGGUACCCGGUCGGGUCUGGUUGAGGUCAACAUUACAGAAUCCCCUCAAAUCCUACCAUCCAGCACAAGCAGUCCCAGUGUGAGAGAGAGUCUGGACAGCAGUGGAAGCAGCAGCAAGACCUUGGUGAUUGGAGCAGUUGUGGGAGGUCUGAUUCUCGUCUUGGUUAUCGGUGUCAUAAUCUUCAUCGUCCUUCGGAAGAGGCAACAAACCUUCAAGGGUGACUACAACACAAAGAAACACGUGUUUGGGAAUGGAUACAGCAAAGCUGGCAUCAUGCCCCCAGCUCCAGAGCACAUCUCUUAUCAGGAGGAGUCCGAUGAGGAUAAAAAGCCAUCUUCCAUGAACGUGAGUUAUGAGAAUGAGAGGAAAGUUUCCCGUGAUGGUGUAGACUUUGACACAGACUCCAAGCGUCCUUACUUCACCGUCGACGAGAGCGACACGCAGGAGGACUUUGACGAGCAGACUCUGAGCUUCCAGUAUCCGCAGGAUUUGACGGAAGACAUGGUUUCGCAGAAUGAUGGCUCCAUCAUUUCAAAGAAAGAGUGGUAUGUGUAGUGCCAGACCCCUCAUGGUGCAGGACAAUGUCUGCAUGUCCUGCCUCCUGUACACCUGGCUCCACUGUAAGAACUCUGCAUCAGCUAAAGUCUUAAUGAUUACAUUGUGAUUUAUUUUUUACAUUUCAUUAAAAAAAAUAUAAAUAAUGUUCUCAGAUAGUGUUUCAAAAUGAAAGGGAACACUAGUCUAUCUAGCACUAAUUCGGGGUAAUCCUCACUUAUAUCAGUUGGACUUCUGUAAAAACUGAUGUCUCUUUGAUAUGCUACACAGACAUCAGGUAACUUGUGCUAAACACUGGAACUUAAUCUGGCUGUCAGCACUUCUGUGGCUGCAUGACCAUAACUUCUUAUUAACUUCUCAUUAAUUUAUAACCAUUCACUAGGACUGGAUGGAUGUGGCUAAUAACUUACUGGCCUUUGCUGGUGAGUGGUUAGUUUGUUUGGUUACCAACUAGUGACGACAUGUGAUAGCAACUGUUAAUAUUCCAUUUAAUUGGAGUUUUUACAAACACUCACUAAAUGCUGCAGCUAAUAAUGGAUUUAUAGCUGGAUUUUCCACUAGAUGAUAUCAAUAUGUGUAAAUACCAACUAUUGUUUUUUUUAAACUGCACAUAACACUAAAGCCACAGAAGAUCUCUUUGGGUACCUUAAAUGCCUUGGUACCAUUUGGAUCAAAACUUUGCUGUCAAUUUUUUUUAGCUUCUAGGUAAAAUUAAUUUGCCUGGCAUAAAGAGAACAUUUCCCCCCCCCCCUCUUGAAUGAUGUUCUGGUUGCAGCUUAAAACAUUCCUGCAUGUGAAUGUCCAUUUCUCCAGGCAAUGUGAAGUGUGGCGCUGCACCCUUCCCUCCACAAAUUUCUAACAAGUCUCUACAAUGUUUAAAAAUGUUGGGCUCACUUGUUGAUUCUUGUCUGUGCAUGCUUCAGAAUCCUCUUUAACGAAAUGUUCAAUGUACUGCAUCUUGCCUGCAGUCAGUCAUGUAGUAUAAUGUAUUUUUCGGGCUUAUAACAUCACGUUAGAGCUAUAGUGUUGCCUGUCCAAAUGUAGUUACCCAGGUCCAUUUCUUGAUAACUUGAUAAAAAUUAAGCCAUGCAUCACAGAGACCAAAUUUGAUGGGUGUGAUCACCAAGCCUGCAUGAGCCUGUGGAGUAAUUGUUAAUGAACAAUCAUUAAUUAGUGGACAAGAGCAGUUUUCUGUGGAUGCUGGAUAUCUGCGAUAAAAUAUUCGAAAGGUCCAGCAGGUCAGAUAGGUUCUGUGGGAAAAAAAGAGAGAUGUGUUUAAUGUUUGGGUCAGUCACUGACUCUUCAAAAGUGGAAAUCUCUCGACUGGACUUAAAUAUAUGUCCAUUUUCUCAAAGCCUUACCAGUAAUUUAUUGUUAAGUCGGCACUCUGUUCCAUUCAUAAUACUUAACUGGUGAUGUUUCCCUGAGUGGGCAGUAAGAAGUGGCCAUUUACAGAUAAGCAAGAGAUAAUGUGACAAACCUGUGCCUUGAACUGCAAGAUGUGGACCCUACAGCAGUGUAGGUUGUUGAGCAGGUCUAUUUGCCAGCAACUGAUUUAAAAUGGUCCAGUUUUCGCCGCCUUUGUCCAUUUUAAAUUUGGUAAAGAAUUGCAGUCUGUUCUUGAUGUGGUCAGCAGGUCUGCAGAGUAAGUACCACACCUCCCACAGUAUUAAACACAUGGGCAUUGUGCAGAUAGCAAACAGGGACACAGUUCAGCAUGUGCUAUCAAACAAACGUAGCAUUCUCUUUGUUUGUGAAAUGCAUCAACAGUUACCUUUGUCUAAAAACGCCUACAAAGUGGGUGGAAGAAGUGUUAUCCAUAAAUAAUAAUGGUAACAUUGUAUUCCUCUGGCUUGGCAAAACUGUCCACCAUUCCAACCAAUGGGUUUAGACGUGGCCUUGAGCUUCUUGCAAUCAGGGACAUUUUGUCUUGUAAAUCCGAGAGGUGAGACACCCAUCAGGUUCAUAGGAAUCCACAGGCAAAGACUAUUACAAUUAGCUGCUGGGUUGUGAGACAAGGAGGAGAGGGGAUUGCUCCCUAUCGCUAUGGAUCCUCAUUUGGAAACUGCUCAAAAUACACAACCAAUCAGUCACUAUCCUUCAAAACGUAAGAUAUGAUAUUUCAGGAGUGCACCCUUUAUCCAAACUAUUUUGUAAUUCUGAACUGUCAGCAAGUCAGCAACAAGGGGGCAGUAAAAGGCAGGAGGCUUAGAGGGAAUUUGAGGAAAUGUUUUGUCACCUAGAGGGUGGAGGGAAUCUGAAAUGCACUGCCUGGGGUGGGGGGAAAUAAUGGAAGCAGGAAGCUUCAUAACCUUGAAAAAAAUACGUGGAUGAGCACUUGAAACAUCAUAACAUUCAAAGCCAUGGGCCUACUGUGGGGAAAAUAGGACUAGUGUGUUAAUAGUAUUUUUGACAGCAGAGGCUUGAUGGGCCAAAGGAUCUCCUCUGUACUGUAUGAUUCUAUGAAGCUAUCUUCAAAUAUGAUGGUGUAGAGGACUAUUCUUCCAGGGAAUGGUGUACCAAUCUGUACGUAGCGGUUUGAUCAUUUGAAUUUGGUUUUGUUAAUGCAGAUGAAAAGCUGAGGUUAGUAAAUGACCAUAAUCCAUUUAAUUGAGAUAAAAUUCCCAUUUAUUCAAUCCCUUUUAAGGAAGGGAGCUAACUGUCCUUCCCAGCCUGAUGCCAUUCCCACACCUGGCUGGUUGACUCUGAAGUGGUUUAGCAAAUGACUCAGUUGUGUCUCAGCUUUGGGCGUGGAGAGGGAAGCACCUGAUGCUAUCCUUACCAUUGCCUUCCAUGUUCCUAUCAGUACUUGCAAAUAAAUGCUAGCAAGGCUACUGUCAGUAUUUUAGCAGGGGUCUGAGCGUUAUCCCAUCGCAGUCUCGUUGGAAUGCUCGUGCUUUGCUGAGCUCAUCAUGGGGAUAACUUGCGAUUCAAGGUGGCACAUUAAUGUUAUUUCUAUCUUGUUUGUACAUGAGCCGAUGGGUGAUGGAUUGUUUCAGAGUACACUGUUCCAUAUCAGAAGUAUUUGACUUUGAAAAGGCUUUUGUAAAUAUCGCACAAGUUUGUUAUAUGUCAGAGUAACUCCAUCUUCCUAUUAUCUAAUGAGAGCUGAUCUGAUGGAGUGUAAUAUAGGUGCACAUCUUUGUUUGUACCUCGUUGCAUCAUUGUUCCCCCUUCACAGCUUGUUAUUACAGUGCCAUUUGAAUGUUACUAUGCUUUAAUAUUUAGCACAUGUUGAUGAAACUUCCCCGGUUAAACCUCUGCUCACUGACCAUUCCAUUUAACUGGUUCUCGAUCAACACUUGAAAGCAUUCUAAUAAGAGAGAGGGAGAAAUUUUGUUAGUGAUGCACUGUUCCCAGUGGGCACCAUUUCCAUUCUCUAGCCUUUUCCCAUGUGGCUAUGAUAAAGAUUGUAAAUGCCAUCUAAGCACGAGGGGAGAUGGGUGAUUAUCAGCUGGAUUGGGAUCAGUUACAAUGCUAUCACUAAAAGAUCCCGUUCUGAUGAAGAAUCACUGGUCUUGAAAUGCUAACUCUGUUUGUCCCCACAGAUGCUGCCAGUCCAGCUGAGUUUCACCAGCAAUUUCUGUUUUUGUAUUAAAGAACCUCCUGGAAAACAAGGGAGGCAUUUCAUCACAGCCAAAACCUCCCCUUCCAGCCCCAUUGCUGUUCACAUGAAAGCUACUGAGAGUACAGAGGUGAAAGGGAUGUUUUACACAUUUAAAUUCCACAUGUAAAUAUUUCACAUUACAUUGGUUUUCUUCAUUUGCAUGUGCAUUAUUAUUUGCUGACAAUAGCUUAGUCAGUGAGCGCAGUGUACGGACCUCCCUCACUGUUGGCACACCUUAAUGGGGAAAUUAGGGAUGCUUCCUCAGUGCAGGAGAAACGACAAUGCAUCUUUCUGUCCACACUGUAUUGACCGUUCAUUUUCCAGCCCUGUGUUGUGUUCGCCAUUCCCGGGGUUUUGUCUGAACUUGUCCGCACACUACACCCACCCCCUCUUUCUGUGCGCCGUGAAGGAGAUUGUCUGAAAUCACGCUCAUUGGGGAGAACUGAAAAAUUGUCCCUGACACCUGAGAUGGACCCACAUGUGGGCAAUACUGCUGCUGCCCUCUCAUCUUCAUAUUCUGAUAGUGUUCUCUGUGUCCCACCUCUACCCAACAUACCAGGGGCCUCUCCACACAAACUCUCCACACCUCCGAUCGCACCUCUCUGUUAUUCCCAUGGAUUCCUCUUCCACCCCUCCAAUGGGUGCAAUUCAUCCUGACACUUUCAACCCUGACCCCAAUCUCCCUAACUGACCCUUGCUGGUCAUGAGGGUCCCCGCAAUCAUCCAAACCAACUCUCUCCCACCCCACACACCCAGUGCUGCUUCUACAAGAUCAUAGCCAACAGCAACUAUGAUCCAGACUCUGUGAAUCUCUCACAUACUGCUCACGUUACAUUUAAAGAAUAAUGUAAUUCGGACAUCUCUAUACGAGUGAGUCUUUGGGCCAUGCAAACUUACUUCAAGUACAAGCUGCCCAGCCCCCCCAUCCCACCCCUGUCACCGGAACCUUCACUUGCAGCUCAUUCAGUCCCCCCCACACACCCUCAUUUGUGUGUGUGGGCCCACCACCCCCCACCCCAUAAAACCAGCCCACCGCAGCCAGCAGCGAUGUUUCUGCACAAAGCGGUUUGUUCCCGGUCAGUAUUGGGUCGUGUGUUCAGCAAUGUGUCUUUUGCACAAAUGGUCCCAGUUUAGGGAUGUGUUUGGGUGAGUGUUGCUGGUUACUGCUCAGACUGAAAUGAUCAAGACCACUUUUUAAAUUAUUUACUACCUGGUGAUCAGAGGAUAAUUCCAAUAACCACAUCUGAUAAAGAGCAUUGCCAUCCUUAGAGCUUCAAGGUUCUAUGCAAAUGGCCAGAAACAUUUUGGGUCUUGAACCUUUAUACAUGACAUGGGCAUCAGGAGACAAAGGGUAAAAUCCCAGAAUAUUGUCAAUUCAAAAUAGUACUGGUAUAUUUGAAGUGUUCAAUAUUUAUCAUUCCAUGUACACACAAAGCUGAUCAAAAAAUGAAGUCCAUUUACUUUUUAUAGGUUUUGGUCUUAUAACAAACCAUUGCAAGGUAAUCAAUUCAUUCAUUUGAGAAUUUCAAGAUGUAUUUACAACUCCAGCAAUAUCCAAUGGUGAACUGAGCUCCAGCAUUCACUAAUGUCUGUUCGGGAAGGAAAUCUGCCAUCCUUAUGUGAUCUGGCCUACAUGUGACUCCAGACCAGCAGCAAUGGGGUUGACUCUUAACUGGGCAAUUAGGGAUGGGUUAUAAAUGCAGGCCUAGCCCACGUCCUGUGAACAAAUUGUACAAUGCAGUAUGACAGAGUCAUAGAGAUGUACAGCACAGAAGCAGACUCUUCGGUCCAACUCCUUCAUGCUGACCAGAUAGCCUAAAUUAAUCCAGUCCCAUUUCCCAGCUAAUGGCCCAUAUCCCUCCAAACCCUUCCUAAUCAUAUACCCAUCCAAAUCCCUUUUAAAUGCUGUAAUUGUACCAGCCUCCACCACUUCCUCUGGCAGCUCAUUCCAUACACGCACCACCCUCUGUGUGAAAAAGUUGCCCCUUGGGUCCCUUUUAAAAAGUCCUGCAAUGAAGUGUGACAUGCACUUUACUCCAGCGAUGCAGUGAUAUUAGGAGAGAAAGCGAUGACAUGACUUUCUCCCACACUGAGUCUGCACGUCCUUAGAGAUACUUCACUUGCAUAUCUCUCUCUUCUUUCUCUCUCUCUCUCUCUCUCUCUCACUGUGACCAAGGUACUGUUAUUUGCUUUUAUUGUCCAUUUACAUCCAGCGACAUGUAUUGACAACUGGAUAUCCGACCACACAACAAACCAAGCCAUCAGUAUCCCACUCCUGCUUGUACUUGGUCUAACCAUAGUGCUGUGUUCUUCUGCCCGCUCAGUGCAGAGCUGGGAUAAAUAGCUAGUUGUUCUCUGCCAUUGUGCCCAAUCAUGACAUUUCUUCUUCCAUUAAUUCAGGAUCGAGAGCUAAAUUAGCCAUGUGUGGCUGUUCUGAGCUACAAGAUGGUCACGCUUUCAUUUAAAGCUCCCCGGUUUGGUGCUGCGUUGGGAUAUACUGUGUUCAUUGAAUCUUGUUAACUAUUGUGCAAAUAAAACCAUUUUGUAAAGUGUACUGUGUAAUGUUUUGUACAAUGUUGCAGAUACAAUCUGUUUUAUUUGGCUGCUUCCUUUCUUGUUGUUUCUCUUGAUAUGGAUUCUCUGGUUGAAGGUGGUUCGGUUGUGGAUCCUGCCUGCUCUGUUAUGUGCCCAAGUGUGUGAAAUGUUCCAAAUCUUAUUUGGGGGAGGGAAACUUCUUUUUUUUAAAUAAAAUUUCAAAUGGAAA